AGCAGCUGCUGCCAGCCCGCGGGCACCGGAGUCCUGCCCGCUGCCGCACGAGUAGCCACGGGCGCGAUCCUGGCCAGACGUCUCCUCCUCCAUGAUCACUUUGGGAGCCGGGGGAAGACUUUGCCCGGCCGUGAGAGCUGGUCUGCGUUUCCCAGGCGCGGCGGCAGAGCAGCAGCAGCAGCAGGAUCCGAAUCGGAGCGGCCACAGCCCGGGGCGUGUGCGCCCCGCGCGGAGCGGGCUCGGGUUCCCCACGGAAUGUCCCCGGGGCGCCCGGCGCGCUGACCCCGCAGCCACCUCCGCUUUUGGCGCCUGCUGCCUCCCUCGGGCAGGCUCGGUGUUCGGGACUGCGAGCUUCCCGGCUCCUGGGCAGUGGGGAAGCCCCCGGGGGCGGGUGACCUCAGCUGGCCACGACCCAGCCCUCCCCCGAGCGUAUCUCGCUUAAGAUGGCAGCGGAGUCAGGGGAACUAAUCGGGGCUUGCGAGUUCAUGAAAGAUCGAUUAUAUUUUGCUACUUUAAGGAAUAGACCAAAAAGCACAGUAAAUACCCACUAUUUCUCCAUCGAUGAGGAGCUGGUCUAUGAAAAUUUCUAUGCAGAUUUUGGGCCUCUGAACUUGGCAAUGGUGUACAGAUACUGCUGUAAACUGAACAAGAAACUAAAAUCAUACAGCUUAUCGAGAAAGAAAAUAGUGCACUACACCUGUUUUGACCAACGGAAAAGAGCAAACGCAGCAUUUUUGAUAGGUGCUUAUGCUGUGAUCUAUUUAAAGAAGACACCUGAAGAAGCCUACAGAGCACUGCUGUCUGGCUCAAAUCCCCCCUAUCUUCCAUUCAGGGAUGCUUCCUUUGGAAAUUGCACUUACAAUCUCACCAUCCUCGACUGUUUACAGGGAAUCAGAAAGGGAUUACAACAUGGAUUUUUUGACUUUGAGACAUUUGAUGUGGAGGAAUAUGAACAUUAUGAGCGAGUUGAAAAUGGUGACUUCAACUGGAUUGUUCCAGGAAAAUUUUUAGCAUUUAGUGGACCACAUCCUAAAAGCAAAAUUGAAAAUGGUUACCCUCUUCAUGCUCCUGAAGCCUACUUCCCAUAUUUCAAAAAGCAUAACGUAACUGCAGUUGUGAGGCUGAACAAAAAGAUUUAUGAGGCGAAGCGCUUCACAGACGCCGGCUUCGAGCACUAUGACCUCUUCUUCAUAGACGGCAGCACACCCAGCGACAACAUCGUGAGAAGGUUCCUGAACAUUUGUGAGAACACCGAAGGAGCGAUUGCGGUUCACUGCAAAGCUGGCCUUGGAAGGACAGGGACAUUGAUAGCCUGUUAUGUAAUGAAGCACUACAGGUUUACACACGCUGAAAUCAUCGCUUGGAUAAGAAUUUGCCGGCCAGGUUCCAUUAUUGGGCCCCAGCAGCACUUCCUGGAAGAAAAACAAGCAUCAUUGUGGGUACAAGGAGACAUUUUCCGAUCCAAACUGAAAAAUAGACCAUCCAGUGAAGGAAGUAUUAAUAAAAUUCUUUCUAGCUUGGAUGAUAUGUCUAUUAGUGGAAGCUUAUCAAAAAUACAAAACAUGGAAAGAUUUGGAGAGGUGAGUUUCCCCCAGGAAGAUUCUAUCUCAAUUAGAUUAAUUUGUAUUUGUUUUCCAGUUGAACAGGUAUGACAUAGCAGUAUCUUUUCUCUGAGAUGCUGAGAGGACCAAAUGUUUAGGUGUGGAGUUAUCCACAUGCAAGAAAGGAGCAGAGCAAAGAAACUAAUUGCCCUUGAAAAGAAAGAAAAAAAAAAAAGCUAUAAUUGAAGGAGUACAAUUAGAAAGGAGGCUAUUCAGUAUGCAGAAUAUUCAUAGGAAGGAGGUAGAAAAGCAAAGUAUUUG